CAAAUUGUACCUUGUUAGUGUUAGUGCCUGGCAUGGGUAGGGAAAAGGAACGAAGAGUCAAGGGCAAUAUUCAACCCGCCGCAAGCAGUCGUGCGGCCGAGCUCUUGACGGAGGGGUUUGGAGGCCUUACGGUUGGUUUGGGUGCACCUGCGUUUGGUGCUGGUGCUGAAUGGGAGUUGGGAGAUUUGCAUGGGGAUGUCAAGGUCCUAUUCAAGCGCCUUUCAAAACGGGAUACAGUUACCCGUAUUAAGGCCCUUGAAGACCUCUCUGCAUAUGUCUCUUCCGAACCCUCUGAGACUGUUAAAGAUAUUUUACCGGCAUGGUCUAAAUCCUUUAACCGGCUCGUCAUUGACGCGGAUCGGCGUGUUCGUGAAAUGACGGUCACGGUCCAGUUGGGGUUGGUCCGUCAAGUUCGUAAACAGUUUGCGCCGUACUUGAAGCAAGUUAUUGGGUCUUGGUUUUGUGCGCGGUUUGAUGCGAAUAAAGAGGUUGCGAGGAUUGCUGGCGAGGCCUUUCAGACGGCGUUUCCGAGCAAGCAAGUCGAGGUCCUCGUGUAUUGUCAAUCGGAGAUUCUGGAUUUUGUUAUCGACACCCUUUUGCAUCAGACUCCAGAAACAAUGAGCGACCCACGGUUCACCACUCCGGAAGAUGUCAUGUCCAAAUACGCGCGGGUGGUAUCGAGCUGCUUUUACAUGCUUGCCUAUCUCUUUGACCAACUCCCCCUUUCCGAGAUCACAAAAUCGAUAUCCAAAUAUGACACACUCUUUGAUAAUCCGACUUUUUGGAACAUGUGUACGCACCCCCUUGCCCCGAUCCGACGAGCAAGUUAUGCCUUGAUCAAGACGAUCAGUCGCGUUGAACCUGAGAUUCUUAAAAAGCGGCUGGACAUUCUUGUUCCCAUCUUCCCAGGAAAGGUCUUUUCAGACAAGGACCCGUCCACGCACAGCGAACUCUGGGAAUCCCUUGUGUUUUUCACGAAGGCUUGUCCGGAAUCUUGGCUCCUCCCUUCUAAACGUCCACCUCUUCAGAAGUUGUUUGGGUUUCUACGGCAUGGAGCGUUUGGUUCGGUUGGUGUUUCUUAUCCGAGUUUAUUGGCGUUGCUUGCUUGUCUCCCUCCAGAGAUUCUAUCGAAGGAGACAUUUGCACCCGAGUUUUUAUCAAACUUUUGGCAAGGGUUAGAGAGUGGUUCCAUUGACAAAACAAACGAUCAUAUCUUCUUGGAAUCUUGGUUCGAGUGUACCCUGUUUUUGAUUGUCCAGUCUGGAGGGCAGGAUACAGCUCAAGAACGAGUGGAGGGGGACCUCUUUCGACCUGUUUUUGUAUAUUUGUUUCCGGAAAAGUAUGAUGUGUCUAAACGGCUUAAACCACGGAACGUGUCAACGAUCACGGCCAAAUAUGUCUAUAAAUUGAGCACGAGCUCGCAGAUACCUACUUCUCUUGUGGACUGCUUUAUGAAGACGCUGGAACGCGUGUUGGAGGGUGCGAUUGUGCGGGGUGUGUAUCCGGAUGAGGCAGCCAUUGGACCCGAAUUUGAGAGCAUGUCUGUGCGCUGUGGAGAGCUUUUAGCGUGUCUUGCUGAGCAGGGUGGGAGCGUGCGGGAUUCUGUUGAACGGAUUGCGACACGGUUGUUUUGUCGGAUACUUGAUGUGAUAUCACCCAACGAACGUCUCUCUGGGCACGCCCAUCUCCUCGCAACCUUGUCCACGUCCUUUUCAUCCAUCUUGACAUGUCCUGAAACCCACACACUUCUUACCACCUUUUUAACCCGCCUCAAAUCAUUGACAACCCACCCCAAACCCGCAUCAAAUAUACUCUCCAUGCUUGUCAUUUACCUUUCGGUUCUCCCUUCCACCGCUGUCCGUAGUGUAUGGACCCAAGUUCUUGAUUUCGUGUUUGGGAUGGACAACGUUAUACCAUGUUUUGCAAACUUGAUGACCCUCGUUCUUGAUACCGUACAAGCGGAUUUAACGGACCCCCGGAUCGAUGCCCUCGUGACAGAAUGUGCGACAAAUCGGUUGGAGAGGGGUGAGGAUGUGUCGAGUGUCGAAGUGGUUGUUGCAACAUGUUUGCGGUUUGGACCUGAAUCCCCUGUCUUGACUCCCGAAACGGUCCAGUAUAUCACAACAAUCCUCCAAACCGUUCUCUCAAACUUUACCACUGAUCUCGUCAUUGGGUACCAUGACGCAACUCAUACCGGUCGAGCAUUCACUGUCCUCCAUAUUCUCCAACACCUCUCGAAUACGCCUAUCAUGGCUUCCAUGAUUCCGGAUAUUUUGGAUCUGGCGUUUGUGGAUGGAGAAGAUGAGACUGGGGAUGUGCGUGAGGCGCUUGGGGUGGCUAAAAGGCUUUGGGAGGGGUAUGUGUGUGUGGAUUCUGAUGUGUUGGUGAAGAGGUGGGAAGCGAAUGUGGGGAAUGUGGAGUACCGUGGGAGCAUCGAUACAUUUGUCUCUCAAUUCAAGUCUAUCCAAUCCAAAGUCUCUGACUCUCUUACCGCCCGUCUCAUUCACACCCCAAGCUUCUGGCAGUCCCUUUAUUCGACUUAUCAUGUGUAUACACCCUACCUAGCACUCACAGACCCCCUGAUCCCCUUGACUGACGACGCACACCCGCUCCCAACGCAUGAGACAGACGUGUACGGGAACAGUGUACUAGUCCGGUGGAUUGGCAUUAUUCUCUCCUUUGCCCGGAAUGCAUCGUUUUUCGAGGACCGGGGAUGGAUGUUGGGUCAAGUGGUUGUAUGGGGCGUCCUUUGGAACGACUUAACCUCUCUCCAUGAACAUGAAACCAAAGUCGUAGAGUGGAAUAUCCCAUCAGAGUUGAAUAACGUGUUGGAGACCGUGGUGGAUUCCAUUCACGUUGACCCGGAUUUCCAUACCCGCCUUGCAACCUUAUUUCGCGACGUUGUGAACGGUUCAAAUGUCUCCGUCCAACCACCUGAUCUCCUUUCAGACAUGCUUUGUUCGCUCCUACGCUCUGCAUUAGACUCGAAUUUGCAUGCUCGGGCGCUACACACGGCUCUUGACAAGGUCUUCCCAAAAGUGGGCCUGCACCACACGGAUGCGGUCCUAUGGAUGGACUUUGGUUUAUCUGUCGAGUGUCGAUUUGUACGCGGGAUUUGGAAUGAUUGGGUUUUGGAUUUACUUGCUGAGCAUCGGGAUAGAGGGAUCCGGACCCUUGUUUCUCGAUUACUGGAUAUGGAACGAAAGGUCGUACGGACGACUGGAUCUGAAACGGCGAUUACGAGACUCUGGCUUCUUGUUGCGCUACUACAAAAAGACUCGACGACACUUGUAGAUACCUCGAAACUCUUGAAUCUUGUCCGUGCGAUUCGGGGGUGGUAUACCGAACCUGUUGGAUUGGAUUUGAAUCGACAUGUUGCCAUCUUUUUGGAGAGUGUGGUACGACAUGUUGAUGUUGGGAUACAUGUUGGACAGUGGGUUUUGGAGGUGUGUCAAAAGUGGAUUCAGGGGGGUAUCCAAUCUACACCUGAAUCUCGCGUCCUCUUGUUUUAUGGACUCGGGUUAUUCAGUGCUCUUCAAGAUGCCGCGCAAGUGUUCCCUGAUACCUAUCCAACCCUUACAGACCGUGCACAAGAGAUUUAUAGCACGGUACUAGACAUUUUUGUCAACACGAGUCCAGAGGGUGUAUCGGACCCAGAACAGGAUAUUUGGACACGUAUUGCGGAUUUCGUGAGCUCUGUUCCGGAUUCCAUCUUGUUUUCGGUGCCUGGGUCCACGCUCUACGACCUCUUGUACGUCCCUAUCAACCAGGUUCAAACAACAGCCUAUGGAUUAAUACACAAGCAUGUUGUACGCCAUGUUGCGGAUGCGAGCCUUCGAGUUGAGAUGCGAAAAGAAGAAGAUGUGGAAGAGAUUCCUGUGGAUGUUGUAAACAGUGUGCGAAAGCGUGGGAUGGAUGAUCCGCAUUCAACGUUCGGGUACCUCCUUUCUUGGAUGAUUCUUUUUGAUCAUUUUCAAGAUGCUACGUUUGAUCUUAAAUCCCAAUAUGUGUCGCAUUUGAGGAGGUUGGACCUGCUACCAACGUUUUUGGAUGAUUUGUUUGGAUUGUUGGGGUUGGGAUCCAAAAUGUUUGAUUGUUCCCGAUGGGAUGUCGAAAGUUUUGAAUUGCAAGGUUUUGAUAUGACACCUCUCUCAUUUUCCCUCCUCUCCGCACACCUCUAUUACCGCACACUAACCCACACACCAACCCUCCUCCGCAUCUGGUGGUCAGAAUGCAAAAACCGACAAACAACCCUCUCUGUCGAAUCCUACACUGAAAAGUACUUUUCACCGCUCCUGAUCUCAACGGAAUUGUCUCAGAUUCUGAACGCUGAUUUGAGUGCGUACCCGGACCUUUCUGUGCGUGUCAAUAAAACGGGGUGUGAAGUGGUCGCUUGUUUUGCUAUUGAAGAUGCGGUUUUGGAAAUGGUGAUUCGGAUUCCGAGAUCCUUUCCUUUGAAAUUGGUUGAUGUGGAAGGUGGGGCUGGUGGGCGUUCUGCUGGGAUUAGUGAAGCGAGGUGGAGGGCUUGGUUGUUGGGUGCUUCUGCUGUUAUUGGGAGUUUGAGCGGGAGUGUUUUGGAGGCUGUUAAAUUGUUUGGGAGGAAUUUGGGGUUGCAUUUUCAAGGUGUUGAGGAUUGUGCUAUCUGUUACUCGGUUAUUGGCGUCAUUGAUCGGACUCUCCCCACCAAACAAUGUAAAACGUGUAAACACCUCUUUCAUUCCUCCUGUCUUUACAAGUGGUUCCGCACGAGUAAUCAGUCUACAUGUCCCUUGUGUCGGCAACCAACAUUUUAGCAUGUUUAUUAGUGGUGCAUUUUUGUAUAGUUUCUUUUGUGCAUAUAGAAAGAUGGAUCGUUUCAGUGCAUCAUUCAAGGGCUUUUGGAUCCGUGUCGUGCAUCAUGACAGAAAUGCAACAGAGAAAACAUA